AUCCGUAAUCUCAAUCUGUGAGAUUACUGUUCUGCUUCCGCAUAUGAUUCAAAAAUACAAUCCAAGUAUUUGGCUGGCAAUAUAGAUGGAAACGUAGUCCACAUAAAUUUUAAGGGUACCAUAAAAAUAAAUAUUGAAGGUCUAUGUAGGGACUCUGGAUCUAUGUUUAUGAUGUUAUGAGGCAAUUAUAUCAUCUAUUUUAUAUCUAAAAAAAUGUGGCCUAUACUAAUGAGAGUUGCGAGCCGAUAUGCUCCUUAUAUUACAUUACCUUUUGCGGGAGUCGUAGGAUUUAUAGGUUAUAAUUUAGAAAAUUGGCUUUCUGAUAAAUAUACUCCAUACCAUGAAUCUAUCAAAGAGUCUAGAGGUGAACGUUUACUUAGUGAUGAAGCGUUAUUAAAUUCUACAGAAGUUGUGAAAUUGAAACCUUCUGGAAAAGCUUUGGAUAGAAAUCUUUCACCUUCUCUACAAUGAAAAAUUUUCAAUCUGUGAUACAUUCUUAGUAGCUUUUAAUUUUGAGACAAUAAAUGUCUACCAAUA